AGCAGUUUGCGGCAGGGAACUCGAACCCUUCUUCCGGCUCGCUCGAGAGCUUGCGGGUGCCAUGAGCGCCCCAAACUAUUGGCUGGACUCAAUUCCAAUCUUAGCACAGAGCGGCUUCCCCUUGCCUGGUUUCCCAGCCAUCCGCCUAAAAGUACGUAGCUUAUCCCGUCCCCGCUCCUUGAGCUCGGGACGCGCAGCUCGCCCUUCGACUCAGCUUCAUCUCACCACAACAACCCAUCUUGACCUAUUUCUCAACACCAUCACACAAAAUGUCUACCCGCAAGAGGAAGCAGGAUGCCGAGGAGGAGCUCGUCGCUCUGCCUUCGGACGAGUCUGAAGAGGAAGAAGAAUAUCAAGAGUCUGAGGGCUCGGACUUUGGCGGAGAAGACGACUCUGAUGCGUUGGAACCUCCCCCAAAGAAAAAAGCCAAGCGCCCCGCCAAGGACGACGAAGAUGAAGACGACGAGGAGGAAGAUGAAUUAGAUGAUGACGAAGAUGCUGCAUCCGACGUUCCUGAAGACGAGGAUAAUGACGAUGACGAAGAUGCUGGUGACAAGUCGAAGAAGCCCGCAGGCGCUGAGCCGGACCGCAACGUCAAGACAACAAAGAAGGACGAGGCUGUUCCUGUUGUUGACGACGAUGACGAGGACGACGAGUAGACCUUGGUUCAGAACCCUGAGUGUCGAAGUUCCGAGUAGCUAUGAAAUGAAAUGUUGUGUCUCAAUUA